UUCCCAAUCGACCCAACUGUUUCCUGAUCUCCCUCAAUCUCUCGCUCUCGCUCUCUCUCUCUCUUAGAUUCUCUGGAUUUCUCUUUGUUUCCUUUCUCUCUCUUCAGCUCUCGAUUGCUGAAGACAGAGAGAAACCCUAGCUCUGUUCCGCGUCGCUGCAGUGAAAUGGGCUCUGAAGGAUCGUCGGUCGUAGUUCCGAGAAACUUCAGACUGUUGGAAGAACUCGAGCGGGGGGAAAAGGGAAUCGGAGAUGGAACUGUCAGUUAUGGAAUGGAUGACGCUGAUGACAUAUUAAUGCAGUCAUGGACUGGGACCAUCAUUGGUCCUCCCAAUACUGUUCACGAGGGGCGCAUCUACCAGUUGAAACUUUUCUGCGAUAAAGAUUACCCAGAUAAUCCACCAACUGUGAGAUUCCAAACACGGAUUAACAUGACCUGUGUGAACCAGGAAACUGGAAUGGUUGAACCCAGUCAGUUUCCAAUGCUUGCUGAUUGGCAGAGGGAAUGCACAAUGGAGGACGUACUUACCCAGUUGAAGAAGGAAAUGAUGUCUCCUCAGAAUCGGAAACUAGCCCAGCCUCCUGAAGGCAAUGAAGAGCAAAGAGCAGACCCAAAGGGAUUGGUGCUGAGAUGUUGCAUUCUCUAAAUAAAGUGAAACGAACAAUGACAGUAAUGUAUAUAAUCUCCAUGUAGAUGGCCUUCUGGCUGGGGAUUUUUCCUUCAAAUUUUUGUUUGUGUGUAAAGUAGGCUGGACAAAUUAGACCAAAGCAAUCCAACAUCUUGGGAUUGCUUGAUAUUAAAGUUUACUUCCUGAAUAUCAACCAAGUAGAGUACAUAUGUUGCAUGGUACAAAUUACAUGUAGGGGUGAUGCAGCCAAUCCAGACCAUGCAUUUGGCGGUUGAGGUUCCUGAUUGAAACAUGCUUUUGUGAUGCAGCGAGCCAUUGAUUAUCUCCACAGGUCCUCCAUUCACAAGGAGGAUCAAGGCAUCUCAUGGGGUUUUUAAGAAGUAUACUGAUGACUAAUAUGUAUUGGACUGUUGAACUUGUAUUUGUAA